CCCGCAGCCAUGCGCAUCACGGCUCGGGUCCUCAGGCCUCCCGCGGAGGAUGUCAAGUUCUUUCUUUCAGUUGAGCCAGAUGCCACCUUCUUGCGUGUCUGGACCCUCGUCCAGCAACGCUACAGAGAGAAUUAUAGCGCUGGCCGCAGGAAUGACACUUACUUCAAGAAAUUACAGGACAGCAGCGGAGCCGAUAUUGAUAUGCGCGAUAGCGUUGUCGACAUCUUUGGAGAGAUUCAUGACCCCAAUGAGCGUAUUGUGCAGAUUCGACAGUUACCUCUUGGUAGAGACGACACCGUACCCUUCGACUCACACCUUCAUCCUCCGAUCAUACCUCCCACGCCUCAGCAACAAGAGGAAAUCGACAGGCGGCGUACAGAGCUAGAUCGCUACGGCGCUACGCUUGACAACCUCGAUCCAGACCAUCCAGUCGAAUCUCACGAAAACGCGGGUGAGAAACGCAUCGACCAAGAUGGCUUCGCUAUUCCAGCCAAGAUCAACCGUCCUCGCGCCCAUCUCCCACCAUCUAGCAAUCAGGAUAUCCCAAGUUCACAACUGCUUUCGCAAGACUCAUAUGAAGAACACCUAGUUCAUUCUCCUGAACUCGGCUCACCACAGAAAGGUCCCGCAGCCAUCCCACGUCCUGAAACCCCACCUGCAGCAGCCAACACAGCCACUCAGUAUUCCACCCUCGAUGCUGUGCCAAGUGCCCAGAAACCACCUGCAGCCUAUGGAUCAGGUAUCAGAUCUCCUUUGGACGCACACGCAAACAAUGAAGCAACACUCGACUUGGCCGAUCCCAUCUCAGAGGACUCUCAACCACGCCUCAGCAGCUCCACAACUCGAACACCAGCCCGCUCAACCAACUCAAACAAGAGAAAAAGUUCGGAUGGAAGCGAAAUUCGGAAGAACAAUUCACAGAAUUUCUCAAGUCUAUGGACAGAAGACGAGACAGACUUGUUGGUCGAGGGACUGGCCAAAGGACUUACUCCCGAAGAGAUGAAGCAGAACUUUCUCCCAAACAGAAGUGUUGGUAGUAUCAGGAAGAAAGCAGUUGCGUACACCAAGCUCAAUCCCCUGGCUGUCAAACAACGACAAGCCAGUCUGGCCGUUUCCUGGACCGAGGAUGACGAUGCACACUUUGUCCGAGCCAUACGUAACAACCAGACCUGGAAGACCCUCCACGACCAUCGUUUCCGUCACCGAUCUGACGAUAGCGUCAAGGUCCACUUUGUUGCGGUUCGCAAGCGACUGCAAGAGGAAGACUCGGCGAAGUCUGCACGCGACCAAUACCAAAAGCAGCUGAAAGAUGGCAAUCCCUCGACUGGCCCUAACGAGAAAUUUACGCAAGAAGAAGAUGACCUCCUUCUGGCUUGUCGUGUUGAGAAUGUCGAGAUGAAGCGUGUCGCCAAAGAACUCUUCCCUCUUCGGCCUGUGGAUCAAGUUACCAACAGAGCUGGGAGCUUGUUUCAUAGCGCAAAGAGAGAAGCGGCCAAAGCCAANCCCCUCAACACCGGGAGGUCUCCUUCUGUCGAAUUCCUAUUUGAGCAUAACCCCGAAACUCGCGAUAGAAUCGAGUUGCAGCGUCAGAAAGCCAGGGAGUUCAAGAAGAAGUCGAGCAGCGCCAGAGAAAAAGAGUUUGAACAGAAUUCACACCAGAAGUCCAUGCUUACCAAUGAUAAGAACCGUGCAGAGGAACGAAGAGCACAGGAGGACCGACAGAAGAAAGUUCUUGAAGCUGCCGAGGACGCCAAAAAGCAAGACGAACGUGUCAAACGACGCCGCCUCAAUGACGAUAUCAAGCGUACGAACGACUACAUCCAGCAGGCCAUUGCCUGGGAGAAGCAAGCAGAAAUCGAUAAAAAGGCUGGCCGUCCAAUUCAGCCUCGUCCCGACCGUCCACUGGGUAGCAGCAUUGGCACCGAGGUUUCCGCCACAACUCGAACCCCUGGUUCAGCCUCUGGCAAGAAGAAAAUCUCUACUCAAAGCUCAGAUUCGAGACCAAGCGCCACAUCGCUGAGCGGUCAAGGAUCGAAGAAACGCAGAUCUUCAGACGUUGAGGUCCAGGUGGUUAUCACUUCGUCCAAGAAACAAAAGACCACUGGAGUCUCAGAUGCCACGCCUCAAGCCAAGUCGUCCGACGCAAAGGCGGCCAGUGCUUCCAAAGUUCCGCCAAUCUCAACACCGAAACGAAGUGCUCCCGUAGUAGCAAGAUCUGCUAUGGCAAAACUCGGUCGCACUACUACGCAGCCUCAGAAGACUGGUUUUGAUCUUAAAUCUGCUUACGAGAGGCCCGUUGUUGCUUUCACCUCAAUCUCUGCUACACAGCCUGUCAGACCAAGUGUAUCAGCAAGACCUGCCAAGAACGAUGCCGUUCGUAAUGUGUCUUCGCCAGGCGUUCCCACAGCUAAGAGCUUGCGCCAAUCGAAGUUACCUUUCCUGCGUAAUGGUCAGCAGUUGCCAACAACUCCUGGAAGAAAGUCGACGCCUGAUUCUGCCCGAAAGUCGUCAGCUGCUUCUGUCACUCCGCGUGUGUAUGGCGCCAUGGACGACAGCAUAUUUAUCUCUUCUGAUGAAGAAUCGUCAUAUGAUGACAAGGACAUCACAGAUGAAGAGCUCAACGCAGUGGCAGAGCGCUCCGAAGCCAUGUACAGCAGUAGUCCUGUCAAAAGUCCACAGAGGAACGGUGUACACUCCAGCGUCCACCGCGAACAUCAGAACCUUGUUUCUCCUGGCGCAAGCGCUGUGAGGAGUAGUCCACCUGUUGCUCCAAUGCCGACACCCAAAGCUAAAGUUCUUUAUGGAAGCGCGGCUCUCAAAUCUGCCACUAAAGCAAGACCUUCUCUCUCACCGGCCAUGCUUCCCGUUUCGAUCUCUGAGAUGACUAAUCGCAUAGAAAGGGAACCUCAGAAAACGUUCGUUGCACCUGCAGAACGUAGUGUCAUAACCGCAACCCAAGAGGAUGAACUGCCAGAAUUCGAAAUGAGCACGGCGGAGAAUGUAUUCAGCGACCAUGGAGACAAUGUUUCUAUCAUGGACGAGGAUCAAAUCGAGCACGCAACCAAUUCCACACCGGUCUUCCCCAGCUCAAGCCCGCAAGCUGGAGCACAGGACGAAACCAUCAUUGAAUCAGUAGGCCAGGACGCUGCCAUCGAUGAGUCUGCUGCUAACAGCGCCUUCGAACAACCUGCAAUGGAAGCAAGCGAAGCCGUACUGAAUCCAACAUCAGGUGCAGAGAAUGGUCGUAACAAUAUGGUCAACGGCAAGAAAGGAGAUUCACACAUACACUUGGAGUCGGAUGUUGAGGAGAUUGACUGUUACCGAAGCGAUUCUAGAGAGGUUGAGUCAGAGGAUUGGCCUAGUGAGAAAUCCGACAGAGGAAUGCCAUUUCCGGAUCGCUCUGUUGGAAACUUUGGCCCUCUCAAAGUAUACAAUAACAAACGCACUACAGCCCCGAGUGCUGCUGCUCAACCCGAGAGCCACCCCCAGCCGGCUACCGGAAAGUCUGCUACAACCUCGAAGGAAAAGAGCAUAGGAGAACAAGCAAUGGAUGUCAUCAACUCUCCAGCUGCGAAGGUAGUGCCUCCUGCCUCGACUGCAGAAGAUAAGCACAACGUACCUUCAAUGUCUCCUAUGGCUCAACCCACCGAAGAGUCUCCAGACGUUGGUUCGAGUGGCAAAAAGGCACGUAGGNNGGGGCAAGGGCGCAAUAAAGGAAGUCGUAUUCUGGGUGAUGCACAUUUAUUCAGGCCACCACCAUCGACUGCACCACCUGACAUUUUGAAUGGCUCAGGCCUGAGGAAGCCAUCAAAACGAACAGCAGAGAAUGACCAUGAGGCUGAAGCUCAACAGUCAAAUGGCAUUGGUGUCCCGAAAGACGCCCACAGUAAGGAUAGACGUGCGAGCUCCCAGAGCGAAGCCCCUGGUAAACGUUCAAAGAAGCACUCCAAGGCAAAAAGACCAUCUCUAGGAUUUGAUGAGUCUUUCAAGAACAUGAUAGAGAAGGGUCAAGCCUUAGGAGCACAAUCUCAGGCCACACCUGGCUCCAAGGGAGGCAAAGGUAAACAGCCGGCAACGACCCAGCCUGUCAAGAAAACUACCCCAAUCGCCAAACCCAACAGUGUGGGUACAAGUCAGCCGGCGAGCAAUGCAAACGCAGGCCGAACAAUCAACCCGCAUGCAUUCGACUGGGACAACGCGCAGGAUUCAGCUGAGCUUAUACGCCAGGCGGAUCAGAGAAUGCGUGAUGCCGCAAACAUGGCUCCGGAAGACUUUUGGCAGCCGUCAAACCUGGUUAACAUGAACGAAGAACAAGUCUUGAGCCAUAUGAUCGAACAAGGCGUCAAACGUUCCAUGGAAAAACGCCAGUGGGAAGAGGAACACCCAAUCGCAGCAGGUCGGGUGCUUGACGACUUUACCACUGGCGUGUCUGCAACACAACCAGUUCAGGAGUAUGUGGCAUCGCCUGUAAUGAGUAACGCAAUGCCGAGACCAGCAACGCAGCCUAUCAUGCAAGUCUCCAAGCAUAACGUUGACGAUGAUUCUUCAACCAGCGAAGACAGUGAUAGCGAGGACGAGGGGACCCGAGAACAGAUUAUGGAGAAGUAUGCACUGCGCAACUUGAAAAAGCAGAGUCUCUCACUGCCUCACUGGAGAUGA